CCUCCUCCCGGAAAGGAGGCCAGCCCCGCGCUCCCCGCCUGAGCGGGAGGUGCCCGGCGCACACCGCCCACCGCCGCCGGAACAAAAGGGGCGGCUGCAUGGUCGCCCCGCGCCCGUCCCGCUCCCGUCCCGCUCCGCUCCGCGCUCCGCUCCGCGCUCCGCCAACAUGUCGGGCAGCGGCGGCGGCAACAGCGCGGUGAAGAAGAGGAGCCCGGCGGGCUCGGCCUCCUCGCUGGCGCAGGAGGAGGAGAAGCAGGCGAUGGAGAAGAUGCUGGACCCGGCGGACGGUGGGGCGCAGGAGAACGGCUGCGCCCGCUCGCCUUCGACCUGCGCCGAGGGCGAAGGGGUGACGCUGCAGCGCUCCAUUACGCUGCUCAACGGCGUGGCCAUCAUCGUGGGCACCAUCAUCGGCUCCGGCAUCUUCGUCACCCCCACGGGCGUGCUGCGGGAGGCCGGCUCGCCGGGGCUGUCGCUGGUGGUGUGGGCCGUCUGCGGGGCCUUCUCCAUCGUGGGUGCCCUCUGCUACGCUGAGCUGGGCACCACCAUCACCAAGUCCGGCGGGGACUAUGCCUACAUGCUGGAGGUGUACGGCUCCCUGCCCGCCUUUCUCAAGCUCUGGAUAGAGCUGCUCAUCAUCCGGCCCUCCUCGCAGUACAUCGUGGCUCUGGUCUUCGCUACGUACCUGCUCAAGCCCAUCUUCCCCACCUGCCCGGUGCCCGACCAGGCUGCCAAGCUGGUGGCGUGUCUCUGCGUCCUGCUGCUCACAGCAGUGAACUGUUACAGCGUGAAAGCUGCUACUCGUGUUCAGGACGCCUUUGCUGCGGCCAAGCUGCUGGCACUGGCUCUCAUCAUCAUCCUUGGCUUCGUGCAGCUUGCAAAGGGUGAUGUGACACACCUGACUCCUGAGCACUCCUUCGAAGGCACGAAAGUGGACGUGGGGAACAUCGUGUUGGCUUUGUACAGCGGUCUCUUUGCCUAUGGAGGGUGGAAUUACUUGAAUUUUGUGACAGAAGAGAUGAUAAAUCCCUACAGGAACCUGCCUCUGGCCAUCAUCAUCUCACUGCCUGUAGUCACUUUGGUUUAUGUGCUGACUAACUUGGCUUACUUCACAACGCUGUCGACAGAGCAGAUGCUGAUGUCUGAAGCUGUGGCUGUGGAUUUUGGGAACUAUCACCUUGGAGUCAUGGCCUGGAUCAUCCCUGUCUUUGUUGGCUUGUCCUGCUUUGGCUCUGUGAAUGGAUCUCUCUUCACUUCUUCCCGGCUGUUCUUUGUGGGCUCUCGAGAAGGACACUUGCCUUCCAUCCUGUCCAUGAUUCACCCCAGGCUCCUCACUCCCGUGCCCUCCCUCAUCUUCACGUGCAUCAUGACCUUGCUCUAUGCCUUCUCCAACAACAUUUUCUCAGUCAUCAACUUCUUCAGCUUCUUCAACUGGCUGUGUGUGGCUCUGGCCAUCAUUGGCAUGAUGUGGCUGCGUUACAAGAAGCCAGAGCUGGAAAGACCCAUCAGGGUGAACAUCUGCCUGCCCAUUUUCUUCAUCCUGGCCUGCAUCUUCCUCAUUGCUGUUUCCUUCUGGAUGACACCUAAAGAAUGUGCAAUUGGCUUUGCAAUCAUCUUCAGUGGGAUCCCUGUUUACUUCUUCGGGGUCUGGUGGCAAAACAAGCCCAAGUGGGUUCUUCAAGGCAUCUUCUCUGCCACAGUGCUGUGCCAGAAGCUGAUGGAAGUGGUUCCACAAGAGUCCUGAGCAGGAAAAGCAGAGACAUUCAGCUUGAGGAAACGCACAAUUUUCUUUGAAGACGACACAAGGAGAAAACACUUCAGAUCCCUCAUCAGCCACACCUCGGCACUGGAGCACCCCUCCGGGGCUGGCCCACGUCUGGCACCUUCCCCCAGCUCUGCCUUGCCUCCUCCAGCCCCUCCAUCACCACCCUUUAGCCUGGCAGAUGAGCAGCCCUGCCAUGAGAAGUUCUUGGUACGACUGUGGGCCAGGAGGAGGAAUUCCUGCCAGCCCCUUCCAGGGGUCCUUGUCUGCCCAGCAGCAGCGAGUCCCUUCAGCAUCUCUGUGUGUGUGUGUGUGUGGUACUGAGGGCUCUACUUCAGCUCUCUGUAGGCUUAACUUGGUUUGAGUCUGCUCGUGAGCCUGGUUGGAGUGUUGGCAGCCACACAAAUGUGGCUGGGGCUGCCCCAGAGCCGUGGGACAGUCCUGAGCCCUGCCCAUCUGCCUUACACAGCCAAGGAGGGUGCUUGGGAAGGAAAGGCUGGCUGAACGUUGGCUCACGUGCUCACACACACACCAACUGUGCUAAAACACCUGCUGCUGGAUGCUUUGAGCUCUGUCUGCUGGCAGUGACUGAGGUGAGACAAGGCAGAGCAGAACCAGUGUCAGAGAAACGAGGUGGGGAGGGCUCGUUGGACUCUCGCUGUGUUCCUGACUGGCUCACUUGGGGUCCCCUGUCACUGUCUGGCUUUUAACUCUCAGAUCCAACCCAUCUCCCUGCAAUUGAGCCAGUCCUAGGGGAUGCUCUUCCCCACAGUGCCCAUCCCCUGGCCCUGUGCAUUGGCACUGGGGCAGGCCUGGGGGUAGAGUUUCCCCCUGACCCAGGGAACUGCAAUGAGCAGAAGGCCAAGUCCACCUGCUCACUCCAGGUUUCCCUGCAGGGAGGCUGUCAUCCAGCACGGGGUGAGCAACAGCACGCUCUCCAGACAGCCCUGUUCAUUGCUCCCAGUGUGAUUCACAUCUGUCCCCAAGCCAUUUGCAAAGAGAGAGUCAGGGUGGGAUUCCCUUGGCUGGUUCCCCAGGGCCUGUGUGUGCCUUGCCUGUCGCUGUGCCCUUCGUUAUCCCGUGUCUCUUGCACUGGAGAUGGGACCAACUGGGUCUGGGGGUGUCAGAAGGGGUGGCUGGAGCUUGGCUUUAAUCCCAGUCUGCUGGAGAUGGUGUGUUUUGCUUUAAGCAGCAGGGCCUGGAGGGGGGCUGGUCCUCCUCCAUGCAAUGCAGCAGCCUUGGUGAGAUGCCCCCACCACCACCCUCCCGUUCAGGGAGUGGCCUUUGAGCACAAACCCCGUGUGAAAUCUGGUUUUGCUGGUGGGGCUGGUGCAGUCCCAUUCCCUGAGCCCACCCAAAAUUCCUCUAGUUCCCAGGUAGUCACAGCUGUCCCCUUGGGAAUGUGUUGCUUUCUCUGGUCCCAGGCAUCACCUUCUCAGCAGAACUGCAGUUGUUGAACAGUCUUGCUCAUUGUGCCUCUGUGCUCAAGGUGACAGUCAGCUGCAAAUCAGCAGCAUCUUUUCCCCACAAGUGAGCUGCUUCAGUGUCUGUUAGAGCUCUGCUUUGUGCUUGUGCUUUGUGCAAAUGGGUUCUUCAGCUGCUUUUUUCUCCUCAGUGCUUUUGAAGACAAGGCUGUUUGGAAGUCAGGAUCCUCCAAGAGCUUUUGCUUCCUGCUGGAUCCCCCUCACAGCACAGACUUACUUUGGAUGGGGAGGUGUAAGGACACCAAUGGUACUAGCUCAUGCUUUGUGCUUUUAAGUUCUUUAGGAACCAACCAACCACCCAGAGUGUGUGUUACAGCAGGUGGCAGCUUCUGUUCAGGUGUGUGUGACCAUGACCACGUGCAGCUCUUUGCUGUUUCUUCCCCAGCCACGUGUGUUUGCUUGGAGGCAGUGCAGGAGGAGUCUGUGAGACAAUCACAUCAGGCUGAAAACCUUGGCUGGCAGGUUGCUUAUCCCAUGGCAGCACAGUGUAGAGACACCCAAGCCAGCUCAGGUUCCACUUGUGUCAGCAUCUCCUGGAGCUGAGUUAAGCUGUGGGGAGUUGCAGCUGGUUUGGGUAUACCUACAGUGCAGAAGGACCCAAAGUUUGUGGCCAGUGCCUGGCUGUUCAGGGACCUAUGUGCAAUGAAUUGGAGCAUCUCAGACCCAGGGCCUGCAGACAGGCACUUGCAUCAAUAAGAUUGUGAGCCAUAAAACCUGAACUCAAAUUUUGGCAUCCUCUUCCAGCUGAAGGCUGAAGAUGUUUUAGCAGGGUAGUGAGGAGAAGUCACUGCUUAUGCUGGGCCUGUGUUGUGGAGGGACAACCUCAGCGUGUCACCUUCCCCUUGGCCUUGCAGGUGUUUUGGCUGUGGUGCUGGCAGGAGCAGCUCCCUGCAAGCCAAGGGGAAGGGCUCCCACUGCCAGCGUGGCCCAGCAGAAGCACCUCCUAUGCAAAGGGGUCUUAACUCUCAGCCACCUCAACCCAGUGGAGAUUAGCACAGAAGAUGCAGUCCACAGAGAGCUCAGAAAUGGUGUCCAAACCUCCCAGAGCUGUGGGGGUUGCUUGGACUGGACACAAGCUAAAUGAGUCCCAUCAGUGAUGAAGGCCAUCACUACCUGGUAUCCUCUUGGUGAACCUUUCACCCUGGUUUUGUAGAGGAGAUGCCACCCUGAGAAGUACUUUUUGAUGAACUAACUGAUCCUCAUGAAAUCCUUCACUUGUUUCCUUGCUCCUUAUGGAUUUUCCUGACGUUUCCCUUGCUGCUGAAGUUCUUUCUCCUGUACUAACCUGCUGGCUCUGCCAUUGACACCAUGUGUUUCAUGGUGAUCUCACCAGCAUCUCCCUGGCAAUAGACACACAGAAAGAAACUGAACCAGGCACCAGCACAGAAUGGCAAAAGUGAUGAGUGUGGUCAGCCCCAGCUCAUGUCUCAAAGGUUACCUUUUACAAACCUGGGUUUUUAUAUCCCUGUGUUCCCUCACCCUGGCAGUUCCCCUCCACCUGGGCUCAGUGACGUGGCUGGAAGAGAUUGGAGUUGUUUUAUCCUGGAGAUUAGGGACAUAAUGAGUAAGGGGGUAAAACUGAAUUUCAUUUUAUAAAGAAAACACAAUCGAGUCAUUUCUGCAAUGGGUGCAACUGCUGCUGACAGCUUCUGCUCUGCAGGGCGACAGCUUGGGACUCAGACCAGCAACCAGGAGUGUCUGCUGCCCUCGAGGGCCUGCCAUGUCCAGCUAGAUUUUGGCAUGGAAAAAGAGAGAACCCUUCCUCCUUGCUGCUUGUUUUCCUCAAAUAUGGGAUAAGAUGUGUCAAGGAGGGCGAGGGGAGCAGCAGAGACACUGCAGGACAUCCCUCCUCCUUCCCAGCUGUUUCUCUCCUGCGCUGUUUCGAGCCUGUGGUCAGCCACGCCUGUUGGGGUGAAACCCUUCCCUCAGAGGGCACAUACAGCUGCAGUGACCCUGGCUUUGCUUUCCUCAACACUAGCUACAGUCACCCAAGGUACCACGUGGAUGCAUUUCAUGUGAGGGUGUUCAGCCAGAGCCGCUGUGUGUCUGCAGCACUGGCUCCUGUGCAAAAGACCUUUGAGGUCAUCGAGUGCUGCUGUGGCUGCAUCUUGCUGUAAGUCCCUUGUCCUUGUACUAACCCCUCCCCAUUUCAAUUAUUGCUCUUGGCUUGUUUUGAUGUAUUUAGACUCCCAGGCAGGCAGUUGGGGCAGUCAUGGAACGGGGGUAGGAGCUGGUGGUCAGGCCCUUCCUUACCCCUGAGCUCCCUUUUGCUAAGUGAGAAACCCCAACUGAGAGGGAGCAAAAUGCUCCUGGCCCAAAGCAGAGGGACUGAAGUCAUCCUGGGUGGAUGUUUCAGUUAGGUUAUUGAAACCUCCCUACAGUAUUUGCAGUGUUUUCCAUCUCAGAGGCCGUGUUUGGGUAAACACCCUUUUGUUUGGGAUGGCCCCUCUGUGGGUGCUGAGCUCAAAGGGACUCUGCCACUCAUGAGCAAACUUCUUGAGAAGACCCUUCAGCUGGAUUGAAACUCAUAAGAAGUGGCUUUGUCAUCCCCUGAGCCAUCUCCCUGGGGGCAGCCCAGGCAGGGUAGUGAAUUAGGGCUCCUCUGCCAUGGGGCUGCCCCAGAGCAGAGCUGAGCCCUCAGAGGGCAGUGGUGUUGCAGCAGAGCUCUUGCCCAUGGCCAUGGGGAGGUGUUUGGAGUGGCAGAGUCCAGGUCUGGCUGGGGGGAAUAGCAGGGAAGGCUCCCUCUCAGCCUGGGAAGGUACCUGUGCCUUCAGCUGAGGCUGCAGUGCUCUGGGGCUUUAACGAGAAGGCAAAAGAGCUCUCAAUGCUGAGGGGUGCCCAAGGGACUCCCUGGCUCUGCUGGUUCCCUGAGGAGUUCCAGCCUGCCAGCCUUCCACUGACUUUGCCCACGCUUGAGAAGUUUCUCCCCAGUUUACACAGCCCAAACUGGAAGCAGCAGCUGGUGGGGGGAUGCUGCUGGGAGCCAAAGGCAAGGUGCUGCUCAGCUGCAGGCAGGAGACGUGGCUGGGGUUUGCUCACCUGCUCUGCAGAGGGUUGUUUCUUUGCUGUUCCCCCUGUGCCUCACGUGAGCAGGGGAGUUGCUCCCUCCAGCUGUUGAAGUGUUAAUGAGAAAAUCGAGAUUAACAAUAUUUUUUUAAGCCUUGAAUUCAUUUUUUAAUGGCCUGGAAGAGGCUUUUCCAGCUACACCCAAACUGUCCCCGUGGGCAGCUCAGCUGGGCACUGGGUGCUGCCUGGGGCCAUGGUGCUGAGGGUCUGGCUGUGCCCCCUGUGCUGGGAUGGGUGGCACACGCAGGGAAAACAACCCUGGUUUGUUCAGAGGCUGGGGAGAGGUCUGUGUCCCACCUAAAUCCUCCCAGAAGGGGGAUUGUAAGUGGUGGCCAGACCUUUCACUGGCCCAAAAGGAGGGUGAAACUCCCAUCUGGUGAGUCUGCCCUGCCAGAGACACCUCUCCUAAGGUUUCUACUUUUGUUGGGGUUUUCUUUUUAGACACAGUAAAGAAGCAAAACAGAAUCUUUAACCUACAGAAGAUAAAAACCCUAGAUCUGAGUCACAGCUCUGUUCUGUUUGGUUGCUUUAAACGUGUUUUUACUAAUUUAAACGUUGCUGUAGAUGACACUCUAUUUAUUUUUAAGGGGUAAAUAUCUUUUAGUCUUAAUACUUCUCCAGCAAAGCUCUGUCUCUUUCCACUGGUUGUGUUCCCAUCGACACAGCUAUUCCAUGGCCCACCCAGGGCUGCUCAAGCCAGUAGGAACUUCAUCCAAUUGCCUUGUAAAGCGAGAUGUCUCCUGCAGUGGGUUUUGGUUUCUCUCCUAGCACUUCUUUUAUGUCUGUGGUUAACAAACCUGUUCAGUGUUUUGGGUUGUUGUUUUGGUUUUUUUUUAACAAAGAAAGCUGAAUUACAA